AUGGCGUCUGAACGCAUGAACUGGGACCACCAUGCGGACCACGACCUGCUUACGGCCAUGAUGCAGGAGCUGCAGCCUUCUCAGGAGCAGCUCCGCGGCGUCAUGAACCGCAUGCACGGUUUUGGCUACACCUGCACUGUCAAGGCCAUCACCCAGCACCUGCAGAAGCUUCGCCGCAAGGAGGGCGGCCCCGGUCCUGCUGCCGGCAAGGACGACGGCGCCGGACCGUCCACCCCGAAGAGCACUCCGAAGACCCCCGGUGGUCGCAAGAAGAAUGUCGGCGCCGCCGCCAAGAGCACCCCGGGCAGCGCCAAGCGCAAGAAGUCCGCUGCCACCGCUGAGUCGGUCGACGACAGCGAGCCCGACACCAAGAAGGUCAAGGACGAGAAGACCGAUGUGAAGCAGGAGAUCGCUUCGGAGGAGUAA